AUGAGCAAGCUGUCGUCUAACAGACUAACAAGUUCGCUGCACACGUCAUUGCCGGGCCGGUAUCAUUCAUUUCGGCAAUAUUUUACGCAGAAGUGAAGCCGUCUGAUCAUUAUGGGAUUCCGAAUUAAAGUUUAUUUGAUUUGCCUAUUCAUAACGCUCACUGGAUUUUGCACCGCAACCAGUGAAGAUAUACUAAUCAAAAAUGCCGAGCGGACCAUCGACCUAACGAGCCAACUUGUCAAAAUCACCCACCGCCUGACUUUGUCAAAUACGGGCAAAUCAUCUGUCAAAAGCUUUAGUUUCCCUAUCGACCCCAAAGCUCCGGAGAAAUUAUCAUACUUCAAAGCCCAGCUUGCAGAUGGAAAGGAGUCGUCAGGUGAGCUGAAAACAGAGUCUUCCACCGUUAAGGGAAUUUUGACAUACAAAAUCACCCUAAGCAGUUCUCUUGAACCUGGUCAAACUGUCAAAGUUCUUGUUGGCACAGUAUUCACUCACAAUUUAGCACCCCAUCCAUCCGAAAUUACUCAAAAGGAAAAACAGUUGGUUCAGUACAAGGGAAGUGCUUAUAUCUACACACCACACAAAGUUACAACACAAACCACCAAAGUCCUACUAAGCUCAUCCACUGUUGAAAGCUACACCAAGGUUAAGCCUUCUUCUCAAAGUGAUUCCACUAUUACUUAUGGACCUUAUGAAAAUGUUGCUCCAUUGUCAGAGGAGAGCAUUAUUAUUCAUUUUGAGAAUAACUCCCCAUUUUUAAGUGUUGGUCAUUUGCUCAGACAUAUAGAAGUGUCUCACUGGGGUAACAUUGCAGUUGAGGAAACUUUGGAUGUUUACCAUGGUGGAGCCAAGCUCAAAGGUUCAUUUUCUCGAUUUGAAUACCAAAGAGAGCAAAGUGGGGUCUCUAGCGUCAAAUCGUUCAAAACGGUGUUGCCUGAAUUAGCCGCAGAUGUGUAUUAUCGCGACGAAAUCGGAAAUAUUUCCACAUCAAACUUGAGACAGGAGGAUGAUGGUGAUGUUUCGUUGGAACUCCGUCCGAGAUUCCCAUUGUUUGGUGGAUGGAAGACACAUUAUGUGGUUGGCUACAAUCUACCCAGCUUCGCUAACUUGUUCAAUUCUGGCGAUGAAUUUGUUCUACAAAUGGAUCUUAUUUCUCACAUCUUCGAUCACAUGGUUGUCGAUGAUGCUCUUGUUCGCAUCAUUCUCCCCGAAGGAGCAUCUAAUAUUGAAAUUGAAACCCCUUAUGCUGUUAGCAGAUUACCAGACUCGUUGCAUUUUACUUAUCUUGAUACGAAGGGCCGCCCAGUUGUCGAGAUUGCUGCCAAGAAUCUUGUAGAGAACCACAUCCAACCCUUCAAGUUGCGUUACACGUUUUCCCGGAUCGUCAUGCUUCAAGAGCCAUUCUUGUGCGUUCUAGCCUUUUUCCUUUUGUUCCUCACCUUCAUCAUCUAUGCGCGCUUGGACUUUUCGAUCACCAAGGUUUGAGAGAAUAAAGAGCAUGGAUAUUGCAGCAUCCCAUUCAUCUUUCACCUUUCACCCUGCUCGCUCCAUUGUUUCGUCAACAGAUUUAUCCAUGUGAUUGACAUGCACGCCUACUGUGUAGAUGGAUAGCUUUGGUCUGACAUAAACGCACUUGAAGCGCUGUACACAAA